AUGUCGGCGCUGGAGAAGAGCGGCUUCGGUAUUGCGCACGACUUCAAAGGGAGGACGCAGGAGCAAUCGGAUUUCCCGAUCCUCUGCGAGACAUGCCUGGGCGAUAAUCCCUACGUUCGUAUGCAAAGAAACAGGGAAGGCAAAGAAUGUAGGAUUUGUACGAGGCCCUACACGGCUUUCAGGUGGAAGCCUGGCCCGAAGGCGCGUUACAAAUCGACGGUCGUCUGCCAGACGUGUGCGAAGCUGAAAAAUGUCUGUCAGACUUGUUUGUUUGAUCUCCAGUACGGUCUGCCGGUCCAGGUUCGGGACAAAAUUCUGGAGGGUGCGAAGGUGGAUCUUCCUGAACAUCCACUAAACCGCGAUUACAUGGCCGGCCGGCUGGAAAAGGCUGCUGAUCAGCUCCCUUACGGAAAGCUAGAGGAUCCCGAUGGGAGACUGCGAGCGAUUGCCAGAACUCAACCGUAUUAUCGCCGGAACGCUCCAAGGGUUUGCACGUUCUGGCAAAGAGGGGAGUGUAAAAGGGGCGACGAGUGCCCGUAUCUCCAUCAGGAAGUCCACCAUGACCCAGCUCUUGCGAACCAAAACCUCCGGGACAGGUAUAGUGGACAAGACGAUCCAGUUGCGGAGAAGAUUCUGCGACUGGCGGCAAGCAAGCCUAGCGACGACAGCGUAACGCCACCGGCAGACACGACUAAUACCACGGUGUUUGUUGGUGGUCUUACGAAAGGAGUUACCGAGCAAGACCUACGAGACGCGUUUUAUGCCUUUGGAGAACUGCUGUCUAUCAAGAUGUAUAGGGGGCAGCAAUAUGCUUUCCUCUGUUAUGCUGAGCGGAGUUCAGCAGAGGAGGCGGUGAAGCAGCUGCAUUCCAAUCUAGUGAUCAAAGGUGUGAGGCUUCGUGUCGCCUGGGCAAAACCGUCCGACAAACGAAAAAAGCCUGAUGACAACGAUCUGCCGGCAGCUCAGGCGGAUCUAGGUGUGACUGUGAUUCCUCCACCGCUUCCCGGCCUUCCUUCCGUUCGUGCUCCAGUGCCCCUGCCCUUCAUGUUGGAUUCGGCCGACGCGAAUCGCGGGGCUUCUGUUAGACCCACCGCGGAGCCGGCGAGUGGAGUCCUACCUCCGUCAAGCAUGUAUGGCGUGGGAGGCGCGACGGCAAUGUAUGCGUCUAUGAAUCCUGUUGAAGCUGAGUAUAUGAAAAGGUGA